AUGUCAAAUCAAUGCGACAUCCAAAUCAACCCGGACAUCAUCGGCAUCGGUGUCCGCAUAUCUCUCUACAUCCUCUCCCUCGCCGGCCCCAUCCUGUCCCUAUUCUCCGCGUCCGACGCCCUCCUCCGCUCAAUUGAAACCUCCAUGGGCCUAACUGGCCUCGCAGUCUUACUCACCACUUUCGUCUACUCUGGGGAGAAAACCCUUGAUUUGUUCCAUGCACUCUGCAUUUUCCAUUUGGUCGGUUUGGCUGGCGUUUCUAUCCGACCGAAGAGGGAUGUGCGUCAAAAGCAAAUCACGCAAGCAAUUUUCGAAGUCGUGUAUUUGGGUGGAACAUUAGGAUUACUUAUUUUCAUGAUCUCCGUGUUUGCACGCGCAAAGAGUUUUGGUCCGAAGCCUCAGUGCAAUGAUGGGGUUAUGUAUGUGAUGUUUGGCGUGAAUGUCUCGGCGAUUAACCCGACGUUCCGGGCGCUCUUUCUCGCAAACUUUGCCUUGAUGCUCGUUGGAUUGCCGGUUUCGUAUCUGGUCUGGUCGGCGAGAAAAGAGCGAUAUUGUUCGGAUGAGGAAGAGUUUGCUGGGAUCCGUGUGAUGAGUGACGUUGCUGGGAGGUGCUAUUUAAUUGCUAUGCUCGAACUCAUGAUUAAGAGAAACAAUACGACAUCUGAUGGGAGUGACUGGUCAUUUGGGCAGAUUUUGGCAAUGAUGAUGUUGUUGGGGCCUUUGAUUGAGUUUGUUUCGGCUUUUUUUAAGGACGGAAAUCAGGAUGAUGACGGUAAGAAAUCUGGAAAACUUUUAAGCAACCAGUUUGUUAACGUGGUUCAGGUUGGGAGUUCAAGUUCCAAUUAG